AUGCCUUCACAGAAGAAAUCGAAUCCAACGGAAGUGCACAUUCCAACAAGCCGUGAUCUUGUUCAACGCACUCUCGUAUUCCGCAACACGACCGGCAAGGAUUUCAUUCUGAAAUUGGUUGCCUCGAACGAAGCGGUCUCGUUCCCAACGAACGUCUUCCGUUUCCCUCCUGCAUCGCAUCGAGUCAUCCAAUUUCGUGUCAAUUCGUCGAAGAUUUCCCAAUGGGACAAGACCAAAUUGACUAUCAAAGGAUUCGUUCUCCCGGUUUACGCCAAGAAUUUGAAACAAUUCAUUGAGCAAAAGGCGACUGCUGGAACCACUUGUCAGGAAGCAUUCUCUCUUUCUGUCAAGUUCACCGACCAGUUCUCGGCUCCUCAGACUGUCAUCAACUUGCCUGGAACUGCCACGUGUAUCGAAUCAACUGAUCAUCCAGUUGAUGUGGAGGAAUUGGAUACAUCCACUGCAAUCAACAUCGAGAAGGAUGUGACCACUGCUGCUCCGAUCGGCUCAAUGAUGGGAUUCGUUGAGGAGUACAAACGUGGACAAAAGAACAAGGGAUGCUGGUUGACCAACUACGUUUGCGGUGGGCCGGCCGCCGAAAAACUUCCGGAGAAACAAUCGAUGAGAUCUCGUCGUUCGAGUCGUUCGUCGAAGAGUGGUGCCUCUGCAAAGAGUUGUCGUAAUCAGGCACGUAAGAAGAAUAAGGAUGUCAAUGUGUGCCUUGAAGCAACUCCAUGUGGAGGAUCCACUAUUCAGGCCUAG